AUGCCUGCUAUCACCGUGACCAACCAGCCUCAGGGAACCGAUAUGACCACCAUCACAAAGCGAGGAAACUGGGCCAGCCGCGAGCCCGGUGUUAUCCUGGUGUUCGCAAUCGUCUUUCUCGUCGGUCUUGGUAUAGUCUCCUUGUUUGUCUACCGCAAGUGGAUGGCUCGGAAGGCCAAAAAGCAAUCCUUCCAGACGGCCUAA